AUUUCUGGCUACGCCCCUGGAAGGAAGCUUCGACGGCGACGAGAACAAAAGCGUUUGCGCCAGCGCCGACGAGUACAGGGCUGCUUAGCAUCAGUGAGCGAUGACAAACCAUCUUUGAAGUGGGAAUUUGUGCCGUACACAGCUGACCGCAUCGACGACUAUGGCCUUUUCCGGAAUAGUUUUUUUAUCCGUAUUCGAGAGGGCACCAUGAACAGAUAUUAUGAGUCAAGGCAGAUACCAGCGGUGCUGUUUGGCCAAAGUGUUGUGUUUGAUCUAGGCUACGACGAUGUAAUGUCUCCGAGAGAAAGCAACAAAGCCGCUAGAGACCUUCUUGAGGCCUUCGGAUGGAACAGAUGGAGUCGCGAUCCGUUUCAUUUGCAUUUUUGUAAUGCAUCUCCGAACGGAACUACUGCGCGGAUCUUGCAGGACGAACUGUUUGCGGCUUGUGAACACAAAUUACUGUCGGAGAUGACACCAAGCAGCUACUUGGACAUGUUUCCAAAAGAAAGACUUGUGUACCUAACCCCGGACAGUGAAAACACAUUGGAUGUCUUCGAUCACGAUGCAAUAUAUGUGAUCGGAGCGCUGGUAGAUAAAGAGACUAAAGAAGGUGCGACUCGUGCCAAGGCAGCUUCUGAAGGACUGAGGACUGCACGGUUUCCACAGACGUUUACUUGGCACUGGCAGAAGGAAGUACCGAAACCGCUGCAUUUGACAGAUGUUUUCAAGGUCUUGCUUGCUCUAAAGAGAACAAACUGCUGGAAAUAUGCGUUAAAAUUUUUAAACUCUAAAGUGGCCAUUUUGCAGGAAUAGACUAUCAUUUGUAUUCAAUUGCUUCUCAGUGGCCAACAA